AUUUACAUGUAUUAUGUAGUUCUUCAAUGAAUUAGGCUACAAUGCAAAUGAUAAAACCAGUAAGCUUAGAGCAAGAGGCAGUUGACCUAAAAGCAACAGUCAGUGUAUUUUAUAAUUAAUCAAAGUUAUAUGGGUGCAAUAAUUAAAUAAGUGAGUGAAUCAUCUUGCAGUAAAUUUUCUUUUUUAUGUUUGUUCUUAGUAUGGAAUAGUUCUGGAUGCUGGAUCUUCUCAUACUUCUAUACAUCUUGGCCAGCAGACAAGCACAAUGGAACUGGCAUUGUCAGUCAACACAGGGUCGGAAUCUCUAGUUAUGCAGGUAUCAGAGGAGGAGCAGCCCAGAGCCUCCAGGAAUGUAUGGAACAAGCUGUUCAGGACAUCCCAGAGUCAAGACACAAACUCACUCCUUUAUAUCUUGGGGCCACAGCCGGCAUGAGACUAUUAAAAUAACGAAUAAACAUUUAUCACGUCACAUAGUAUUUCUAAACCCAAAGAGUCGGAUGAGAUUUUGAAGGAAGUGGGAGAUAAGCUAAAGACGUACCCAUUCAGCUACAAAGGGGCCACAAUUUUAAGAGGAGAAGAAGAGGGAGCCUAUGGAUGGGUCACAGUCAACUACCUGCUUGAGAAGUUUAUCAAGUGCAGUUUUGUGGGUCAGUGACUGUUUCCUGGCAAAAAGAUGAUUGGUGCUUUAGAUUUAGGUGGAGCAUCCACUCAAAUCACCUUUGACACUGAGCAGACGGUGGAGGAUAAGGACAACCUGAUGAAACUGUGGCUGUAUGGACGAGACUAUACGAUUUACACUCAGAGCUUUCAGUGUUACGGGAUCUAUCAGGUCUUAUUCAGACUGCUGGCACAUCUGAUAAUGGUCAGGUGCUACCUAACCUUCAUUCUCAUCAAACAAACUGAUUGACUCUUGUGACUGUAAAUACUAGAGGUUAGAGAAGCACUGUGUUGAAUUUAAUAUAGAUCAGGGAUGUCAAACCUUGCUCCUGAACUUUAUCUCCACUCUCCAGGAGCAGGGUUUGACACCCCAGUUUAAAAGGCUAUGGGGUGGUUAGGGUUAAGGAUUAAGACUAGUCCUAGACUAAAAUAAAUGUUAGAGCUGUCUAAACUGAAAACAGUUAGCAGUGACAUAUCUUAAAAUACAUCAGUGCCUUUGUUUUGUCUCAAAAUGCACAAAAAUUAUGUUUUUUGUAAGGCAUGUUUGUAAAAACGACUUAAAUGGCCUAAUUUAACUAAGGCCAGUCCUGCCUUAAAAUAAUCAUUGGCUGGGAAACCACCCCCUUAAGUACUAUAGCCUAGGCAAUGCUAAAAUAACUGUUUUUAAUUUAUUUUUGUGUCUUGCAGACUCUCAUAUCUUCUCUUUUAACAACUGUUCUUAUUUCAAAUGCUCUUUUAAUGGAGUCUUCCAGCCCAACAUCACAGGAAACUUUAUGGCAUUUUCUUCUUUCUUCUACACUGUUGAGUUCUUACAGAAAGCUACAGGCAUCACCAUCACCUCCCCAGCACACUUAGAGAACGCUACGGGUUUUCAGGAGGUACCACCUCAUUUAUUUAAGUCUGCAGUGACUUUCUCCGUUUUAGCAAUUUACUAGAAGAUCCAAGACAUUCACAGAUCCUGGAUUAAAACAACUAGUAUAUUUUGUAUGUCUUACCAAUUGAGCUGUGUCAAUAGUUCGCUAAAUCAAAUUCGCCAUUUAAAUAAUUUUGCCAGACUUGUCAAAGGAGAGUUUUUCAUUCAAAUGUGAUUCAAUUUGAGAUUUUCCCACAGGGAAGAGAGUUAAUAAGAGAAAUGGUUACAGCUGAGAAAAAUGUUCAUCAAAGCAACUCUUGCUUUACUAUCUCUCCUCCAGAUGCAAAAUAAGUUUCCUGAUAAGGGGAAAUAUUUGAGAGACUACUGUGCAGAUUCUGUCUUUGUCCAUGUGCUCCUUAUCAGUGGUUAUGGCUUUAAUAAUUUCUCUUUCCCACACAUCUCAUUUCAGUAGAAAGUAAGUCCAUAACAAACCUUCAAGAUUAGUAAAUAAAUUAAUCCUUUAAAGAAGUUAUUAUGUCAAGACAAAAUCCUAAUGUUGCUUUGCUUUGCAGGCUGAAGAUACAUCUGUUGGCUGGUCCCUUGGCUACAUGUUAAAUUUAAGCAACUUUCUUCCUGCUGAAAACGUGGCACUGAGAAAAGCACUGCGCCCAGAUGCCUGCCGUGCUGCGAUUUUUAUCUUUUCAGUCCUUCUUAUUGCAUCUUUCUUUUGUCUUGUUAGAACCUACUACAAAAAUGCCACUAAAGGUUGUUGUGCCCUUUUAUCAAUAUGCAGUAAAUAGUUUUUCUAAGGAUGCUGGCCUACCUUUUUAGAGAAUCUGUUUACAACAGACUGCAAGCAACAAGAAUGCAUUAGUGAAACCUGUACUUUUUAGUUACACCCCUAAACUUAUUAGGCUAAAAAAUGUUCCUUCUUUAGUUUCUGCACAGUUAUGUUUCAUAAGCUCUUUUGGGUUUGCUGUAUAUAGUAGCCUACACUGUAAACUUUUAAAGUGUAAAAUUGUAAAGAGAUGUCAAACGCAUCACUAUUUCACUGGACCUCAUUUGACAUCAUUACAACUGUUUCAAAUGAUUUACUUUUUUAUAUAUAUUUAUCAACAAGAUAAUCUUAUUUAAGGGACAUUUGUCGCGCACAGUCUGCGACCUGUUGGUUGUUAAGUGCAAGUACAUAAACAAAACAUAUAAUAUGUCGGAAGAAUCAGAUAAUUCAAUAAACUUAGUUGUCAUUUCUUUUAGCUAUGUAGUAAAAAAAACUCCAGUUUUGCAUACGCUACAAUCGUUUUAUUGCUGUGAUUUUUAUUUUAUGCCGUUGUGCAGCGCCAGAGCGGCGUGCAGCACGAGGUAGGAACUUUUCUGGAGCGGAACCCUUUACGAUGUAUCGGAAAUACGGAAACAAGAGACUGUUGACGAGGUUGCACAGUUAGGAAGUGUGCGAAAACAUAUAACAACGAACAAUGCAAAUCUAGCCAACAUUAUCUGUAUUCCGCUAUCUCAGUUCCUUUCAACAUUUAUUUUACGUGAGUGCAAAUAAAAGCAGCGUCUCAAAAUGUUCGCGGGGUUGCCGGAGCUCGGGAUCUCCAAUGGAGAAGAUCUGAAAGAAACUCUCACUAACUGUACAGAGCCUCUGAAAGCCAUCGACCAGUUUCAGAUGGAAAAUGGCAUAUUGUUGCCAACCCUACAGUCAGCAUUGCCUUUCCUGGAUCUUCACGGCACUCCGCGAUUGGAGUUUCACCAGUCAGUCUUCGAUGAGCUUCGAGAUAAGUUGAUGGAGCGUGUUGCUGUCAUUGCAGAGGGCAAAGACGAGGACAGAUAUGUUAAGCUGGAAGAACUUCUGGAGAAAAGCUUCCCAUUGGUGAAGAUGCCAUCUAUACAGCCCGUUGUUAUGCAAGUGCUUAAACAUCUGCCAAAGGUGCCUGAGAAGAAGCUAAAGCAGGUGAUGGCUGAAAAAGAGCUCUACAAAGUGUGCGCGGUGGAGGUGAAACGGCAGAUUUGGCAGGACAAUCAGGCUCUCUUCGGGGAUGAAGUGUCUCCUCUGUUGAAGCAGUAUAUCGUGGAGAAGGAGGCGGCUCUCUUCAGCAACGAUCUGUCCAUCCUUCACAACUUCUUCAGUUCUUCACCCAAAACACGCAGACAGGGUGAGGUAGUGCUGAAGCUGACUCAGAUGAUUGGGAAGAACGUGAAGCUCUACGAUAUGGUGCUGCAGUUCCUGCGGACGUUGUUCCUGCGCACACGUAAUGUGCACUAUUGUACCCUACGAGCCGAGCUGCUCAUGUCUCUUCAUGACCUGGACAUCAGCGAGAUCUGUUCAGUCGACCCCUGUCACAAGUUUUCCUGGUGUUUGGAUGCCUGCAUCAGAGAAAAGUUUGUGGAUGCUAAGCGGGCUCGAGAGUUACAAGGCUUCCUGGAUGGGGUAAAGAAAGGACAGGAACAAGUGUUAGGUGACCUCUCUAUGAUUCUCUGUGAUCCAUUCGCCUGUAACACGCUAGUGUUGAGCACAGUGAGGAAUCUUCAGGAGCUGUUGAGCCAGGAUGCACUGCCCAGAGACAGCCCUGACCUCCUCUUGCUGCUGCGGAUGCUUUGUCUUGGUCAGGGUGCCUGGGACAUGAUCGACAGCCAGGUUUUCAAAGAGCCACGAAUGGAUUUGGAGGUUGUAACAUGCUUUUUGCCCGCCAUGAUGUCGAUAGUGGUGGAUGACUACACGUUCACUGUGGAGCAGAAACUUCCCAGUGAAGAGAAGACCUCCCUCACAUACCCAAACACUCUGCCUGAUACAUUCUCAAAGUAUAUACUGGAAAACAGGGUGGCAUGUGAGAUAGGCCUUUAUUAUGUGCUUCAUAUCGCUAAGCAGAGGAAUAAGAAUGCUCUGCAGAGGCUUCUGCCUGCACUUGUGGAUACAUAUAAUGACAUGGCAUUUGGAGACAUCUUCCUUCAUCUUCUCACUGGUCAUCUGACUUUACUCUCUGAUGAAUUUGGAUCUGAGGAGUUCUGUACUGCUGUUUUUGAAAACUUCCUGCUCACCUCUUUCUCUAGUAAGGAGAAUGUUCACAGACACGCUCUUCGCUUGCUGAACCACCAACACCAGAAGGUGUUACCUUCCUACAUGGAAACUUUAAUGAAAACACUUGAACCACCAAAACAGAGCAGUGAGCCAGUGAAGGAACUUCACACCAUGUUGAAGGAGAAGCUUGAGGCUUCCAAGAAAAGCCCUCCAGAACCAGAGGAGGCCCCCUCUCUGGAUCUCGGCCUUCAUCCUGUUACUGUGCCCCCCACACCUGCCACCCCCACCACCCCACUGUGAAAAAGACUGCAUUCUCUAGCCACGACAGAACCGCAAGCGAGUCCAGAGCCCAAGAGCAGCCAUGGUUAUAUGGAUUUAAUCUGUGUAUCUGUUAGCAUAAAGACUGUGGUGAACACAGUUACCUUUGUUAAGUAGGACUGUGCUGGUUAUGACUUUGAUGUUUUGUAUUUUUUAUAAGAGUCUUUUUAAAAGUAUUUUGUGGGUCAAGCGCUUUUCAAUUUCUUGCUUUUUUGGAGAAAAGGUAGCCUUGUUUAUUUGCUGAAUGAGUUAAAUAACUCUUAUGUACAGUGUCAGAUAGUUCAAUAGGUUUUGUUUUGGAUUAUGUCAGUGACAAGCCCACUUGUAAAUAAAAGGAUCAAUCAGAACACAGUCUCUUCAGUCUUGAGUUUUUUGGAAAAUAUAGAAAAUAUUUACAGGGUUCCAAAGGUGAUUAAAAACCUGUGAGUUUUCAAAUGAUUUCUUAAAUGAGAUGAUUUCAGGUCUGCAAAAUAAUACACUCUUCACUGAAAAGUCAUGCUGUCCUUACAUGCUUUACCUAAACAGAAAGUGUUAGGAUGACUGGUGUUUCCCCAGUGGAAAAACAAAAACCAUAUAAAUCCUCUCAAAACUGCUAAAUGUUGUUUACUUUCCGACUGUAUUGGUUAAAGUAAGUGAGAACUGAGAAAUUACAUAAGAGGAACAUUGGAAACCGAGACCGAGCAUCCACACAAAUGGCAAUAAAA